UCUCAGAAAGACCAAUUAAUAAAAAUUGACAAAAGCAAUACCUGGAGCGAAUCUCAAUGAACCAUGAGAGUAGAUUUUGAUUUUAGCUGCGGAUGGAACCGAUUUAUUCUGAAUAUGAUGGGAUUCUGGCCGAAAAAACGAUCGAGCCUCGUCGGGAGGUACUGGUCAUUGAUAAAUGCCGUUCUUGUUCUGAUCGUCAUAAUUUUACCGCGAUUCGGUGCUAUGUGUCUGUUCUGGAAUGAAAUUGACGCAUUCAUUCAGUUUUUUACAACUCAAUUGGUGUUCAUCAAUGUAUUUUUUAAACUGAUAGUGCUACAACUCGGCAAUGAGGUUCUCGUUGAUUUGCUGUCGAUGAUGAAAGCCAACUUGAAGAGAGAAUUGACUGGGGAACAAUAUCCACCGGUAAUGGCAUUCGCCAAAUUCGGGAGAACUAUUUCUAUUGUCGUGGCACUCAGUUUUGUCUGUGUCGUAUUUACUGGAGUUGUUGCCAUGCUUACUUGCCAUUCGACGCGACUCACACCGUCAGUUACUUGACGGUCUUCUUAUUCCAACUUUACGUCUCUGUCAUCUCAACCGUUAUUAAUCUCAAUCUUGACAGCUUCGUGCUGAUGCUCAUAUUCCAUAUUUGUGGGGAGAUGGAAGUCAUCGGGAUAUUGUUAUCGAAUUUGGGAGAGAAUGCUGUCACAGAUGGAAAGAUCAUGCAAAAUGAUCUGAAGAUCAUCGUGAAGAGGCACCAGAUGGUUUGUCAGUUUGUAAAAAAUCUCGAGAAAUUGUUCAACUUUCCGUGGUUCAUUGAAUUAGUCAGUUGCACCUUGAUAUUCUGUUUCCAGGGAUAUAAUGUACUGAAGGUAAUUGCUACUGUCUUAAAUUUUAAUGUCUCAGGGUUUAAUUUAAUUCCGAACAGCUU